UUGGCACUGGAGACCUCAGUAAAUAAACGUGGCCUGACGGACUGCUGCUACAGAAUGCACAGUUUUAAGUUGUGCUGGUUAAAAAAUGUUCUUUAAGAUUAGCAUUCUGGUACUGUCUGUAUCUGUCGUCGUUUAUUAUGUAUAUUUCCAUCAUCAGAUAAAGGAAAGUGAGGAAGGAGUCACCGAUUUCCUGUCUGGAGAAGAAGAUGAAGUAGUCGAAAUAAAUGCGACGCAAGAGUCUGCCCAGGAAGAUGAUAUUGCUGGAAACCCUCAAGCACCUGAUGUACCAAGCAUGCACCUUGCAGUAGUGGCCUGUGGGGAUAGACUUGAGGAGACACUAGUCAUGAUCAAAUCUGCUCUUAUUCUCUCUAGAGAUGUGAUUAAGGUCCACAUAUUUGCAGAAUAUGAUCUUCAUCUAGGUUUCAAACAACAGUUGGACAAGUGGCUAGCAGCCUCACAGGGCACAUUUACUUACCAGCUUUACCCUAUCACAUAUCCAGAAAAUUACAAUGUUGAAGAAUGGAAGAAAGUAUUCAAACCUUGUGCCACUCAGAGGUUAUUUUUACCAUAUGUCAUGAAAGACGUUGAUUCUUUGCUGUAUGUGGACACAGACAUUUUAUUCAUGCGCCCUUUUGAUGACAUCUGGAGCUUUUUCAAAGAGUUUAACUCCAGCCAUAUAGCAGCCCUUGCACCUGAACACAUGGAUGGAGCAGCAGGCUGGUACAAUAGAUUUGCUAUGCAUCCAUACUAUGGACCUCUGGGAAUGAAUUCUGGUGUGAUGUUGAUGAACUUGACCAGAAUGAGGAAGUUUCCAUGGAUAGAACUGGUCACAAAAUUUUAUGAGGUGUACAAGCUUAAUAUUACCUGGGGAGAUCAAGACCUCAUAAAUAUUGUAUUCCAUUUUCACCCAGACAAACUGUUUGAGUUAACAUGUGAUUGGAAUUACAGACCAGACCACUGCAUGUACAUGAGCGUGUGCAAAGAUGGAGAAAAAGAGGGUAUUUCUGUUGUCCAUGGUAAUAGAGGAGUGUAUCACAAUGACAAACAGCCAGUGUUUAAAGCAGUGUAUGAAGCCUUUAAACAGUAUAAUAUUGGAGAUGACCUCAGGUCUGGCCUUUUACAGCAAAUGAGGGAGAAUAUUGACAAAGGACCAAAAAGUAACUGUGGAGAUGUCAAACACAUUUUCACCAAACAGUUAGAAAAACAAGUAACACUAUUUGAAGAGAGAACGAAGUAACAUUGCUAAAUGAAGGAAAUAUACUGCAUUUAUUUAGUUGUCUUUGCAGGAAGUACAAAUGUAGCAGGAUGAAAUUUUACAAAAUGAUUUUGUAUGUGUAAUGGAGGAUGACAAGAAAUUGUUCUUGAAAUGGUGGUUAGAAGUUUUGUUUUUUUAUAUUUGAAUAUAUUUUUACAUGUACUGCAUUCCAUUGAAAGUCCAAUAAAAGAUGACGAUUACAUAAAGUGAUUGUUCAUAU